AAAUUUAUAAUUUGUUACUUCCUGGUAGGUUUGAUAAUGUUUUGAAUUUAGUAUUCUGCACAUAGAGCAUUCUCAAAAACACAAGGACAGAAAAUGAUUUUCAAUACCUGUAUCGUCACAGCAUUUAUUCUCAUAAAGUUUUCAUCAGCAGACCCGUGCUCAUCUUAUACAUUGCUACGUGACCAGUACAGAAGAUCAAGUGGAUAUAUGCUGCAGCCAGGAGAUAUAAGUAUCAGUGACAACUUCCUUACUGCAGGAUGGUAUCGAUUUGAUAGUGGUGCAGGAAAUGAUAUGGUGACAUUUGCACCCGACAUAGGCCAAUGUGGAACUGUAUUUCCUAUAUGGAUGCAAGGAAACUUGUCAUCAGAUACUGACGGGGAGGUAACAAGAACAGCUUGUAUCGUGGGACUAAAAAAUACUUGUGGAAAGAAUUUCCAAAUUAAGAUGAAAAGCUGUGGGUAUUACCGAGUGUAUUUUUUGGUGCCGUCUCCUCAGGCCUCGACAGGAUACUGCAUAGGAGAGGCAAGCGUGUGUCCUGCAGGUCAGACUUCUCAUUCUUUCUUCACUCCUUGUGAACCCUAUACUCCUGUUAGCACGAAUCCAACAGUAAAUGUAUCACUAGAAUACAUUGAUUUAAACACUACUGGAGGACCCAUAGCGGCCGUGUUCAAGUGUCUCUGUUCAGAACCCUCCGGGGGCCCUUAUUGGUACGACACCUAUUGGUAUAUCAAUAAUGAAGAAGUUAAGUUGGUAGAAUCUCGUCCCUAUCAAGACAACAAGAGCUGGCUCUACCCAGAAGACUGGGUACACAGGCACAACAUGAACAUGGUGGUAAAGUGUUCAUUGAGGGUUAGAAAAGAAAAUGGAGGGACUCCUGGUCAUUAUAAUUACAGUACGGAAUUCCAAGCGGGAAUAUUUCCUUCAAAGUAUGCUUAUGAAGUCGUAGAAGGAGAAACAAUUACGAUUGAGUUCACAGUUACAGUUCCCGUCGGUUGUUUUGAUGUUGAUAUGAGAACACAAUGUGGUGUUGAAGUUUACUUACAAACUCCAGUCUAUCAAUCUUCUGCAAAUCCAUGCGUUAACUUCACAGGACAAGGAUCGAUUACCUUCAAGAAAAAUGGAUGCGGAUUGACCAUUGCAAGUUCUACCUGGUGGCAAAAACUGAUUUUAAAUGUCACCGGAAAAACAGAUGGACGAGUCAAUUUGAGAAAAAGAGGAGUAAAUUUAAAAUUAGGAACCAAAACAGAAAGCACAACUGAUUCAUCGGAGGUUUGGUUUAAUCUCUCAGUGCCAGACAUAAAGAUCUUCAUUAUUGAUGCGGAUUUAAGUGUGGUUAACAAGCAAUGUCACGCCAACACUGAUCCUAGAAUGAAAACAUUUGAUGGGGAAGAUAAUUGGACAGCACAGUCGUGUGGAGAAUUCGUUAUGUACAGGGACAAUAGCAGGAACAUUUCGGUUCACGCCUUGUUUUCCUCUUGUUUCUGGAACGGCUGGAGAGGACAAGGGCCAUGCGGAUGUGGUAUUGCCGUAAAGGUAGAAGACUCUCUGUUUGUCUAUCGGACUUGUGGAACGAUUUCCUACAGGUUCUUGAAACCGUUAGAACAUCAUGAUACCGUUUAUCACGUGUGCAGUGAACAAAAAAUGGUGAUCGAAAAAAAAGAGCCAUGGACAAAGAUUACCUUACCAACUGGUGCUAUCGUUGAGUUCAAUGUAGGCAGAAACUGGCUGUACAAUAUCCACAUAACACCUUCUAUAUUUGACAAGGAUAACGUGGAGGGCUUGUGUGGAAAUCCUAAUGGUAAUGUGUAUGACGACUUCAGGCUUCGCGAUUCCUCUGUGUCAAUGUGGUGGGAUAAACGCGAAUUUCAGAAGAGCUGGCGUAUCAAUCUAGCCUCAUCUGAAAGUCUUUUUGGUCCAAACCUAGUGUUGAAAAGAAAUGAUUUUUUCAAACUUCAGAGGUACUGUGAUUGUGCCACUGCAAAGUCAGGCCUAGCUGAUCAAGAACCUCUGACGAGUCAUUUUACUGCAAAUUGUUCUGUAAAUAGUACCUCUCCAGCUUUAUUGUGUCCUCAAAAAGCAUAA